GCGAGCGGUCGGGUAAGUUUGUUUUUCGUUUGUGCUCCUGCUGUGUGUCGAACGCGGAGAAUCCGUACGUACGGGAGUGUGUGUUCCCGACAGUGGUGUGGCAGAGUAAACCAUCAUUGCCGUUGAACCAAAACUGGUUUUCAUUCUGUUCCGUCGCGGGUUAGGAUUGGUGGAUAUCUCGUUAAUUUUUGAACCCCAACCGGUUCGUAUUGUUUUAGUGUUCCUGAUCGUGGUUGUUUCUCCACGGGGAAUCAGCUUUCCGUGCCAAAAUCAGGAUUAUCAGGUGAUGGUGUGAAUCGGAAAAUCAGUGCUUAAAGAUUUUAUCCCCUCCCCCGGUCACGUAUUUGCUGCUGAGAAAGAAAAGUGUUGCUUGAGUGUGCGUGUGGGCGCGCUCGUCCGUACACACAAUCGGUCUUUUUUCCGUUCUCUUGGUCCUCGGUGGGUGUGUUGGUGUAUUUAUUCGUCGAGAGAUUUUCUGAUUAAUCAAAAAGGGAAAUUUCGCUGUACCGUGCGACGGGUUGGAAAAGUUAAUUUUUCGGUGUGUUUAUAAAGUUGAAAUGAAGGUGUUUUGUGUUUUCUAGGAGGAGUAGAAUGCGCUUAUAUCAAACAGAUAAGAAUUCAAUGAAGGUGCUCUUUUACUACGAGAAGAAUCAUUUUCAUAGUUUGAAUCAUUUUCGCUAUUCUUUCUAUUUUUCGUGGCACACGGAAAAAUAAGAAGUCGACAAGUUGGAAAAUGUUUUUACAUUUUGGAGCCGUUUCGUGUUCUAAUCUAGUGGUGUUAUAGUUGAGUGAAAUUCAUAACCCCCGAAGUACUGUUGGUGACAGUACGUACGUUUAGGAAUUGUGCAGGAGUUGGACCAAGAAACCGGAAUCGCGAUUGAUUCCGGGAGUGCUUUGGAAUAAGAAGACAAUACAAGUGUAAAGUUGCGAAUCAAAUCAGGCCUCUGCCUGGCUCUCUGUUGGUGAAUAAAUACUUCUCGCGUUGUGUGUUCUGCUGAAGGAAGAAAAUAAUAUAAAAACACGCAAAACUCACACAGUUUUAAUCGCCCGUGGUUGAAUUAUCCAACGACGACAACGACAGAAACUUCAUACCGUCAUCGACAUCAUCACUAUCAUCGUCAUCCAAGUUAGCGCUAUCAUCGAGGGACGACGGCGACGACGACUACUACGAUUACGUCAAAAUGGCGCAUCAAAUGAUGCCCCAGUCAGUGAACUGCUCACUUGACGAUAUCGAUCUGAAUGCAUUAAAGGACCCAGCUGGAAUCUUCGAACUGAUCGAAGUGGUCGGAAAUGGAACCUACGGACAGGUUUAUAAGGGUCGCCACACAAAGACUGGACAACUCGCUGCCAUUAAGGUGAUGGACGUCACCGAAGAGGAAGAGGAAGAAAUCAAAUUGGAGAUCAACGUGCUCAAAAAGUACUCCAAUCACAGAAACAUUGCCACGUACUAUGGUGCAUUUAUUAAGAAAACGUCGGCCGGCAAGGACGACCAGCUGUGGCUGGUGAUGGAGUACUGUGGUGCCGGUUCCGUCACGGAUCUGGUAAAAUCCACCAAGGGACAAAGUUUGAAGGAGGAAUGGAUCGCCUACAUCUGCCGGGAGAUCCUGCGGGGGUUAAGCUAUCUGCACACGAACAAAGUGAUACACCGGGACAUAAAAGGUCAGAACGUGCUGCUGACGGAUAAUGCCGAGGUGAAGCUGGUGGAUUUUGGCGUUUCGGCACAGUUGGACAAAACCAUUGGCCGGCGGAACACGUUCAUCGGAACGCCCUACUGGAUGGCACCGGAGGUGAUUGCGUGCGACGAGAACCGAGACGCUACCUACGACAAUCGGUCUGACCUGUGGUCACUGGGUAUCACCGCACUGGAAAUGGCAGAAUCACAACCGCCACUGUGUGAUCUACAUCCGAUGCGGGCUCUCUUCCUUAUCCCACGGAAUCCACCACCCCGACUGAAGUCCAAAAAGUGGUCGAAGAAGUUCCACGGCUUCAUCGAUACGGUGCUAGUGAAAGACUACCACCAACGGCCUUACACGGAACAGUUACUGAAGCACCCGUUCAUCAAGGAGCAGCCCACGGAGCGACAAGUGCGGAUACAGCUUAAAGACCAUAUCGAUAGAUGUAAGAAACGUAAGCAGGAGAAGGAACGAGACGACUAUCGGUACUCGGGUUCGGAGAACGAAGAGGAAGAGGUCCAGACAGCCGGCGAACCAUCGUCCAUCAUUCAAGCACCCGGCGGUGAUACACUACGGCGAAACUUUCAGCAGAUCCAGGAGGGCCGGACGCUGAUGCAGAAUGCCGAACAGCAGCAACCGCCGAAUGCGAACCGGAAUCAAAAGCCACAGCCGCGUGAUGAGCGAAGUAAAGCGCAACCAGUGGAAGAACCGGGACCUCCCUCGCGGCCAAUACUACCUCAGCGUCUGAUAGUGGUUCCGGAUCCGCCGAGCAAUGCGAACGCCAACCGGCCCCUACCACCGACGCCGCGGUCCAGCGGCGGACCGUCCUCCCAACCCCAGCAGCCAUCAUCCCAGCAGCAAACGCCUCAACAACCGCCACGGAACUCUCAGAACAUCUUCAAACCAAUGCUGCCACCACGACGACCCGAGGAUUUGGACAUGUUAGCCGCACAACUAAAUGAAUUGGGCGUCUCCCAACAGUCACAGCAAGCACAGCCGGAAGCGCCACCACGUAAUAACCGACAGCAGCAGCAGCAGCAACAGUCUAGCAGCAGUAGUAGUGUCAACAGUAGCAAACCGCCCGCAACCGCCGUCGCUGCCAACGGUAACAACAACGGAACCGGCGGCGGCGGCGGCGUUGGUGGUGGUCUUGGCGGCAAUAACAAUAACAACAAUCACCACCACGCCCAACCGAUCAACCCGCUGGAUCCGAUCGAAAGCUCCGACUCGGACUCGGAACCGGAGGAACCCAACGAUCGGGCGCGCAACGACGGUACGCUGCUGGCCAGCGAUCCGCCGAAGCCACUUCCCGAAUUCUCCUAUAGGCCCGGUGGAUUGGGAGUGCUGGCCGAGUCGGAUCCAGCCACGACGACUACGCCUGGGGGCAGCAACAACAGCGUACUAUCGCCUCCCGGCAGUGGAAGCGGCGGAGGUGGACCCCCCAAUCGACCGCUACCGCCGACACCGGAUGACGACGAUACCCAGGGUGAUCGGACGCUGAUCAAGAGGAACUAUGACAGUAAAUCGACUUCAUCCGUUGGGACCACGGCAUCAUCCGCCUCAACGGGAUCCACUCCGUCCGAAAGUGAGGAAGCCGUCCUGUUGCGAGAUUGGGACUUUGAACGAUUCUUCCCGUCCAAUGAACGCCCGAAACCUCAGCAACGUCACUCCAUGUCGGACAAAUCGUCCUCAUCAUCACCAGCCGAUUCCAACAGUAGACUAAACGGACUGGACAAGUUCCGCAAGGAACGCGAGAACAGCAAAGCUUCGAAUCUGGCCUUCGCUGAGAAGAGGAAAGUAGAAGAGAUGAACAACAAAAUCCGGCUGGAAGAACGAGUGAAAAGUGAAAUCUUUGCUCGGCAGUACCACAAACAGCUAUCGCCCGGCAAAGCUAGUCCGGCUUCGUCUGCAUCGUCCAACCAACAACAACAACCGCAACAGCAGUUCCUUAAGCAAUCUCACAAACGUCAGGAUUCUGACUCUAAACUCUCGCUUAACUUUGUACGUGGCUUCCGCCGAGAAAACUCCGAUUUCUUUCCACUGUCCAAACGCCACUCGGCCAUCCUGGGGGAGCAGACCCCUUCCGGGAACGGCGGAAAUGCCAAGCAAAUGUCCACCAGUGCCAUCCAGCAGCAGCAACGUUCCAGUGCCAUAUUUUCCCGUAAUCGAACGAAGGGAGAACCCGUUCUUACGGAUUUCACCGUGACUAAACGUGGCGAUGGAGAAGACUUAAGAUCGCGAACGCCACCUAGACCGUCGGGGUCUAGUGGCACACAACAAUCCGCAUCCGGCCAAGCAGCAAACCGGCAAGCCAAUUCUCAAGCUCGAAAUCUGGACUUCCUACGACCACGUCGGGAAAAAACCGAAUCGGUGAUAUUUGUGCGCAAUUCUCCAACACGACAGCAACUGUUCGAUAGUCAGAACCGUGCCGGCGAGAACAGUAGUUUAAGUACACCGGGUCAACGCACCAGCAGUGUCCUGCCGGAUCUACUGAGUCAAGCAUCCCCGGCUACACCGCCGCGUCAUGACAAGUCCGCCAGCGAAGAGUACCGAGCAGCCGUCAGUUCCUCUGCCCAUUCCACACCAUCCAAGUCCUUCGUUGGCGUCACAAGCGUCGGCCUCAUCAGCAACAACAGCAACAGCAAUAACAAUUUUACCCAUAGCAGUAACAAUAACAGUAGUAACAACCAUCACCCGCUGCACAGCGGCGGUGUUGGUGUUGGUGGCAAUGGGAACUCGUCACCGCAUUCGACGGUGUCAAAUUCGUCCUCUUCCUCCCACCACAAUAGUCCAAACCAUUCGAUUAACAUUAGAAAUCUAAAAAACCACAAUAAUCUUUCGCAUAGUAGCAAUAAUAACAAUCAUUUACCUCCCUAUCACCAUCAACAACUACAACAACCACCAUCACUGUUGCACCACCAACAAUCACAACCUGCAUCGUUAAACUCCGCCACCGGUGGAAUUGGUUCCGCUCCACCAUUACCCCCCUAUGCACUGGCGUUGCAACAGAAGCAACGAAGUUUUCUUACGUUCGGGUUCAGUGCCGGUUCCGGUGGGUCCGGAGCGGCCCGAAGGGAAAGCCACGUCAACGUGAAUGUCACACCGACGUCCCACGACGCUGCCAGCGAUACGCCCGAGAUACGCAAGUACAAGAAACGCUUCAAUUCGGAAAUUCUGUGUGCAGCCCUGUGGGGUGUUAAUCUGCUGAUAGGAACGGAAAAUGGUCUGAUGCUGCUGGACCGGUCCGGACAGGGAAAGGUCUACCAACUGAUAUCGCGAAGGAGAUUCCAGCAGAUGGAGGUGCUAGAGGGGCAAAAUAUUCUGGUCACAAUUUCCGGCAAAAAGAAUCGCGUACGGGUGUACUAUUUGUCUUGGCUGAAGUCGAAGAUCCUUCGAACCGAUGGCAUGGGUGAUCAACAAGUGGAACGCCGGAAUGGUUGGAUCAACGUGGGUGAUUUGCAGGGUGCGGUCCACUUCAAAAUAGUCAAGUAUGAACGUAUCAAGUUUCUGGUGAUUGCGCUCAAGGAUUCAAUCGAGAUUUACGCUUGGGCACCUAAACCGUACCACAAAUUUAUGGCAUUUAAGAGUUUCGGUGAACUGAUGCACCGUCCGCUGCUCGUCGAUUUGACCGUGGAAGAGCAGACUCGGCUGAAAGUGAUCUAUGGUUCGGCCGAAGGUUUCCACGCGGUCGAUCUCGACUCAGCUACCGUUUAUGAUAUCUACCUUCCUAAACAUACUCAGGGUCCAAUUUCGCCACACUGCAUUGUGACUUUGCCCAACUCCAACGGGAUGCAGCUGCUGCUCUGCUACGACAACGAGGGCGUCUACGUUAACACAAUGGGCCGGGUGUCGAAGAACAUCGUUCUGCAGUGGGGCGAAAUGCCAACGUCGGUCGCAUACAUCGGCACCGGACAGAUCAUGGGCUGGGGCAACAAGGCAAUUGAGAUUCGAUCGGUUGAAACUGGCCAUCUGGACGGGGUGUUCAUGCACAAGAAAGCCCAGCGACUCAAGUUCCUGUGCGAGCGCAACGACAAGGUGUUCUUCAGCAGUGCCAAAGGUGGUUCGUCCUGUCAGAUCUACUUUAUGACGCUGAACAAACCCGGAAUGGCCAACUGGUAAAGGCGAAUACGCGCCCUUCCUUCUGCAACGUGUGUGACUGAGAUUCAUAAAUAGUUGAAUGAGCGAGAUAGUGAGAGCAAAACGUUUACCCUAUAUUAUACAAAAGAAAGAAAGAAAAAAACACUGUUAAGGUAAGUCAUUUGAUGGUGUUUUACAAGCCCGUAGAAGUUCUGUUUUUUUUCCUUCACGCGCAUGUAAGCAGACGGAGAUCGGUUUAGAAAACAGACAAGCACAGAAAGUUAAUUGUGUUAGUGAGCAAAGUGUAAAGUAAAAGUGGUAUAUAUAUAUAUUAAUUAUACUAUUAAUCGAGUAAGCGAAUAAGGUCAAAAUGAAUAGUCCUUUAUAAAAUGGUUUUCAAUCCUUAAAAAUUACUUCCCGACGGAAGAAAAAAAACCUAUCCCAGGGUGGGACAGUGAAAAAGACAGAUUCCCACGCCAGCCGCUUAUACUCAAUCGAAAAACUACUUCUUCGUGCGUACAGCUUUUUUCGUUCGUACACAUUUUUCAAGCGACUGACGCCGAAAUCAAUCAAACGGCAAUUAAUCAAACUCAUCCAAUUUCUUAGUUUUGCGAUUACGUAACCGUAUUUUGUCGAACUGUGCUAGAGUAACUUCCAACUUUGAUGUAUAUUUACCCAAGUUAUUUGGUCGGACACGGCAUUUAAUCGAGUCAAAUGCUUUUCUCCUAUCGAGAAGGUUGUUGUGUUUAGUUGUUCCCAAGUUUUCUUUUCUGGGUGAAACGUUUUGUUUCAGCCAAACUCAAUUAGGUUGUUGAUUUAGAUAACACAACUUGUUAAACAAGUAGGGUUUUGGCCGGGAUUAUUGGAUGCCUACUUGCUUAUUGUCGGAAAGUGACACACCAAUACAAACUCUACUACAUGUACGAAUAAAAAUUUAAUGAGUUAUGCAAUAUUUUGAAGCUCAAUGGACUCUGUUUGAGUGUGAGUGAAAAUAAAAGGCUUGUUAGUAUGUUCGUAGAAAAAAGUGCUCAGCUUGACGAUCGAUUGAUCGUAAACCUUUAUUAAACAGCUGAAGACGCAAAGGAUCCAUUCGAUAAUCAUGCAAAAAUCAUGAAACGCGAUUUUGAAAUGGUAGUGUUAUCUCUUUUUUUAGUAGUUUAAUUAGGAUUCUAUUUGAAUCAAACGGCGGCAUAGCUAAAGGGAGCGGACCAUUUGACAUAAAGUCAUUUGGCAUAAGGUCAUUUGGCACAAUGGACGUUUAGCAUAACGGACAUUUGCCAUAAUUUUGAGAAGUGAUCAUUCUGCAGGUUAUUUGGUAUAACGGACAUUUGGCAUAUUUGUUUUCAGCUUCUGGAAAACGGUCAUUUGGCAUAACGGACAUUUGCCAUAACGGACAUUUGGCAUAGUUUUGCUAAGUGAUCUCACUGAAGGUCAUUUGGCAUAACGGACGAAUUUGUAGUUUAUUUGCGUAUGACCAACAAGGUGAAAGGGAGUCGAACCCAGGUGCGCUGCGUACAAGGCAAUCGAUUUAUCAACUACGCUACGUCCACCCCUUGCUACACUGCUCAAGCACUUGAGGCGAAUCCAUUGUAAUGCGGAUUUGCCGUGUAACCGAGACCAAGGAUCCGGAGCGACACAAAGCUGCUGAGGAUCCGCCUGGCAAGUUGGCCGCUGACCCGCUAUCGGAAGCGGCGGCCCCUCGCAAGCAAACCUGUGAUCCACUCGUUUGCCCGGAUUACUCAAACACAGAAUUAGUUUAAAUUCAACGGAGCGACAGCGAUGUCGGACAGCACGUGACCUGAAGCGAUGUGGCGUAACCAUAGUAGGCGUAAAUGUUAUUUAUUAAUUUGCAAAGAAGAAUAGUGCUGCUCGAAAUUAUACCCAAUGACCUUAUUUCUCGCACUGUCUAAAAUGGUGCCUGUUUCCCUGUUGAUAAAAAAUGGCAAAUGACCUCCAGUUUGAUCACUUCUCAAAAUUACGACCCUCAUUUUACGCGAAAUUAGAAACUAUGCCAAAUGACCGUUAACCUGGAGAUAAAAUAAAUUUUGACAAAUGACGUUCAGUCUGAUCAAUUCUCAAAAUUAUGCUAAAUGACCAUUAUGCCACAAAACCGUUAUGCCAAAUAUCUGUUAUGCUAAAUGACCUUAUGCCAAAUGACCCAAAAGAGCCAAAGGACCCAUACCCAAAGCUAAGUACACUUUUCCUACGGGCACACUACCACUCGCAAACUUUCUUGUACCUUAAGCACCAAUGUGAACCAGACAGCAUUGCAAUAUAUUGUUCUUCAAGUGUCUGAUCGAUCAUCGCUUUCACCAAAAGUUUCAGUAAUUAUUGAUUUCAUUCAACAAAACGUCAGUUCGACCAAAUUACCAUUCGGUAAAAUAUGCGGAUCAAUUGGAUAGUUUCUAAAUCUGAUUAGAAUAAAUAUCUGUUUGAUCUAAGAUCUACUUCAAAUAUGCAGUUCGUCAAUAAGGCCAGUCGGCGAAUUAUCUUCACUUCGAUGAAGCAAGCCGUUAUCAGUUUGAUACAAAACGUUACAACAUUCUAAACGAGUACCAUAUAUACUGUAAUCCUACAACAAUUCGGUACAUAAUAUUUUACAGAAAGCCUCUGCCUAUAUUGGUUAUCGUUUUCUUUAAUUAAUGUUGAUGUACACUGUAAAAAACUAUAUUUUCAUUUCAUACCUUUCUAUAUUCCAACCUAGUGACGUUAUACACCCAAGAGAAUCAUUAUUUAUCCAAUAUCUCUAUCAAAUACAGAAUACGGCCGGCAAAUGAUCAAAAAUUAUUAUUUCUUUAUUUUCUGUUAUACUCAACAAGUGCCAUUUUCUCUUUCUAAACCUGUUUAUGUUUUUUUCUUAUAAAUUUUAUUCACAAGUGCAAUAAUUUCUACAAACAAAUACCAAUAGCUCCCCCGUAUCCCCGUACUAAAAUCAUUGAACUUUAAAACCCUACACUGAUGGCGUUCGACAUAUUUCCGGUCGCAAAAACAAACACGAACAUCCAUGCUUGGGUCAAUCUUGAUACUACAGAAAAGUCUGAACAAAAACUCACACCUUAAAUUGGGCUACAAUUGCAUCUAUCGCGUAAAGUUUUAAUAGAACAAAAAAAUACACUCACUAAUUUAAAUGUAGGAACCGAACAAUAGGAAAGGAAGAAUCCAUUUAGUAGAACGUCGUUACAAAAAAGAAGAAAAUUAACAGAUAAUAAAACGAUAGAUAAUUCUAAGACAGCAAGCUAGAAACAGUUUUUUUUCUAAUUAAACACGAGAUCCAACCAACCAAAACGAUAGGGAAAAGUGUUACUGGAUUCAGUCGCCAUACAGCAAAAAAGAGAAUCGUGUAAAGAAAUGCCUUCAAACAAAAUAAAACCAGAUAAAAACAGUGAUAGGAACGAUACAUACCCUCACACACACGCAAAAUUAUUUUUCUUUUUUUUCAAUACCAUUUCGAUACACACAAGAAUACAAAUCACCACGGAAGAAGCUUCCAUUUCCAGCUUCCCAACACAUGAUUCAUCAUCUUAUUCCACAUCCAAAAAAAUGUGCUCAUAUAUUUAACCACUCACUCUCACUCUUAUCCAUACCAUCCUUUAAAAUCGCAACACGAUCAAACACACAUACAAGUAUUCUUAGAGGAAGCAAAUUUAUCUCUGUCAUAUCUUCAUUGCUAGUCGAACGCUUUGUUCAAAUGAAUUAUAAAACAAACGAAUGCGUCCGCAAAUGCACAUACACACAAUACACGCAAAAUCAGUAAGCGAAUUUUAUAAGCUUGUGAAGUGAAAGCAUGAACACACACAAUCAUACAAACACCCACACACUUUUAUCUACAGUCUAUCAUUAUUGAGCAAAAGUUAAAUUAAAGAAAAGAAGCGACAAGUGCAGAACACAAGUGUUUUAAUAAAAGUAUAAUUAUAAAUAUAUAAACGAAUUGAAAGUAAUUAUAUGGUAAUACAAUAUUAGAAAACAAACAAACACACACACACCCAGGACACAGCUCGGUAGGAAGGAGAAUUUAUGCAGUUACACCGUAUGGAUAAAGUAUAAAACGAUAAUUAACAAAAAAAAAGAACAAUGAAGUGCAGGAACAAAUGAAAAACAAAACAACACAACAUUCACGCUAUUGAAAACGAAACUCGUGUAGUAACAAAGCGAAGGAAUAAAGCAGGCAGGAAAAAAUAAACAUUUUUGGCAUGAACCUUCCACCAAGUUAUCACCAGCAGCAGACACGACACAGUGGAAGAACGAGAAGAUAAUAUAAAAAGUGGAGAAGCAAACAACAAAAGUGGAAAACCGACGACAAGAGGGUAUGAUGAAAUAAAAGAAAAUUAGACAGUAAUAGGAAUAUUUAUAAUAAAACGUGAUUAAAACGA